GUCUGGGCGCGCAGUUCAGUUUAAGCUGCCCCGGACGGGACCGUGGCCGGUGCGGGAUGUGGGCGCGCAUGAACCGCGCGGCUGAGGCGCUUUAUGCUCGUCUUCUGCAGGAAUUUAAUGAAGAAAAGAAAGGAGUCUGUAAAGAUCCGUUCAUCUAUGAGGCUGAUGUGCAAGUGCAGCUGAUCAGCAAAGGCCAACCAAGUCUUCUGAAAACAAUUCUAAAUGAAGACGACUCAGUGUUUAUUGUGGAAAAAGUGUUUUUAGAGAAGGAAGAAACGAGUCAUGUUGAAGAACCACAGUCUGAAGAAACUGCUAUUUCUGAUUUCUCUACUGGUGAAAAUAUUAGGCCACUGGCCUUGCCAGUUGGGAGAGCAAGGCAGUUAAUUGGGCUUUAUACCAUGGCUCACAAUCCUAAUAUGACCCAUUUGAAGAUUAAACAGCCAGUUACUGCCCUUCCUCCUCUUUGGGUGAGAUGUGACAGUUCAGAUCCUGAAGGUACCUGUUGGCUAGGAGCUGAGCUUAUCACAGCAAAUGACAUCAUUACAGGAGUUGUCUUACAUGUGGUCACUUGUAAAGCUGAUAAAAAUUACUCUGAAGAUCUGGAAAAUCUAAAAAAUUCACACAAGAAACGACAUCACUUGUCUGCUGUAACAGCCAGAGGAUUUGCCCAGUAUGAGCUGUUUAAGUCCACUGACUUGGAUGAUAUUGUCACCCCAUCACAAACUACAGUCACUUUGGAUCUUUCUUGGAGUCCUGUGGAGGAGAUUCUUCAAACCCCUCCCCUGUCUUCAACUGCAGCUCUGAACAUCAGAGUACAAUCAGGAGAGCCCAGAAGUUGUUUGAAUCAUCUCCACAGGGAGCUGAAAUUUCUCCUGGUUUUGGCUGACGGCUUGAGGACUGGUGUAACUGAAUGGCUCGAACCUCUGGAAACAAAAUCUGCUGUUGCAGUUGUGCAAGAAUUUCUGAAUGACUUAAAUAAACUAGAUGAAUUUGAUGAUUCUACAAAAAAAGACACACAAAAAGAGACGGUGAACCAUGAUGCAGCUGCAGUUGACAGGUCUGUGCUUAUCACAGUGCGAGAGGAUCUUGAUUUUGCUGAACAGCUUUGGUGCAAAAUGAGCAGCAGUGUGGUUUCAUAUCAAGACUUGGUGAAGUGUUUCACGUUGAUCCUGCAGAGUCUGCAGCGUGGUGAUAUACAGCCUUGGUUGCAUAGUGGGAGUAACAGUUUACUAAGUAAGCUCAUUCAUCAGUCUUACCAUGGAGCCAUGGACAGUGUCCCUCUCUCUGGAACUACUCCACUUCAAAUGCUUUUGGAAAUUGGUUUGGACAAACUAAAGAAAGAUUAUAUCAGCUUUUUCGUCAGUCAGGAACUUGCGUCUUUGAAUCAUUUGGAAUACUUCAUUUCUCCAUCAGUAGCUACACAGGAACAAGUUGAUCGUGUUCAGAAACUCCACCAUAUUCUAGAAAUACUAGCCAUCUGUAUGCUUUUCAUUAAACCUCAGCAUGAACUUCUCUUUGCUUUAACACAAUCCUGCAUAAAAUACUACAAACAAAAUCCUCUGGAUGAGCAACAUGUUUUUCAGUUGCCAGUCAGACCAGCUGCUGUAAAGAAUCUGUAUCAAAGUGAGAAGCCACAGAAAUGGAGAGUGGAAAUAAGCAGUAGUCAGAAGAAGGUGAAAACAGUGUGGCAGCUGAGUGAAAGCUCCCCUCUAGAUCAUUCCAGUUUUCACAAGCCUGAUUUGUCUGAGCUGACACUGAAUGGUAGUCUGGAAGAAAGGGCUGCUUUCGUUAACAUGGUCACCUGCAGCCAGGUGCACUUCAAGUAACGUGCGGAGGGUCCCUGCAAGCACAAACCAAAAAAGAAGCCAGGAGAAAGGUAAUUUUCAGAGCCUAAAAAAUAGACAUUAUAUAAGUUUUUGAAGCAGAAAAGAAGU